CAAAAUCUGCUUGAACUGGGAACACGUGAAAACAAUGGAGAAUGAAUCAGAGGUGCUAGGCUACAAAAUUUUGUAUAGACAAAACAGACAUAGCAAAACACAUAUACUGGAGACAAACAACACUUCAGCUGAACUGCUGGUACCAUUUGAAGAAGAUUAUCUCAUAGAAAUAAGAACAGUCAGUGACGGCGGGGAUGGCAGCAGCAGUGAGGAAAUUAGGAUUCCAAAAAUAUCAAGUUUAAGCUCUGGAGGAAUAAAAUUGCCCCAAAGGGCAAACCGUAUUUUGACAUCUGGGAUCCUGCUAUUGAGUUCUGUUCUUAUACACCCUUUUCCUUGAUGAUUAAAGCAAUGCUCAGCCAUGGACUUUUAAAAAUUAACCACGCGUAGAUUUUAUCUUAAUACUUCACCACGACCAACAUUCCUGAUAAAGAAAACUAGUGGGGAUGGGGGAGGGAGAUAGAAGUGGU